GCGUUACGUCCGUGUGCUGCUCGCGCUCUUGUCCGCGUCAGUCUCUGGGAAGUCCUUCCAUCCCGGCGAAUGCCCGCUGACGGAGGGAGGAUGGUGCGUGGAGGAAUGCUCCUCCCACGAGGACUGUCGGGAGUCCAGCCUCUGCUGCUUCAACGGAUGCGGGCACGUCUGCACUCCGCCCGUUGCGAGGAGGCGUGGUGUCCCCCUGGUUUCAAAUGCGUCAUGUCCCAGAUCGUCUGUGAGGCUCCGCCUGGCCGUUGCCCCGAAAUCACGCACUGUAUUCCCGAAGAUCACAUUACGUGCGACGACAUGACAUGCGUGGAGGGAUAUCACUGCAUCAUGCAGGAGAUGGGAUGCGAGGACUGCUAUCCCUACGCCGACUGCGUGCCAGACUUCCUCCGCGAGAGCUCGAGGGAUGACCUGCUCCGGCCUCCUUCCCCUCGACCCAAAAUGAACCUCCUCCAGCUGAUGGCCGGAGGGCGUCCGCUUCAGCCGAUGGACCCUAGGAUGCUCCAAGACAAGAAUUCUCUCCUUGGAGGAAUCAUUCAGGAAACCAAGGCCAAGUUCCUUGAGAAAUUCGCCAAGAAGAAAUGAGAGAGGCUUAUGACAGAUACCCUACAAGACAAUAAAAUUCUCUCAUAAUAUCAAAACAUUUU